CACAAGCCCUAAACCCACCUGUAGGCCCUUCGGCUCUGGUAAACAAGGCACCGUGUGUCAGUCAGAGCUCUCCAGAGGAGCCCCAGUGUGCGUGACCUUCUCUCCACAAUCACAGCGCUGCAGAUAGUGACGCUGGCCAGAAUGAAGCAGCAUGUAUCGCGCUGCUGAGGAGUUUGAUCACUAAAUCCUCUUCCCUUAAGAGAGGAUAAAACACGCAAGCCACACGCACACUUACUGUCCUGCACGAGCAGGCCUCUGCUAAGACUCCAGACCCACAUGAGUCGCUGGUGGACCGGCCAUUACAGGCGGUCAAGCCCACCUCAGUUGCUGUAGAUCACAUUACAACACUGGGCUAUAAUAGGAACACAUAGCUGGGAUUGUACCAGUAUGAAACGCAACAGGCUUGCAGUGGUGUGGAGGUCACAUCGACCGACACCUGCAUGAAGCCGAAAGGGUGUUUUACUGCAGCAAAAGCGAGACUGAGCUCAGAUAUUAUCCACAGAAUCUGGUCAGGAUAAUAGCAGCAUUCAUUCCAGUCAUAUGAAAGAUCAGCAUCAAGGUGAAGGUGUCAGACUCACCUGCUCUCCACGACGACCCCGCCGCUGCUGCUGCUCCCGCUGCCCAUGCUGUCCUCUGCUCACCUGACGGCCGCUCGCUCACUGACCGCUCUCAGCUCACCUGCUGCGUGUCCUUGUGCUCCUCGCCCACCUCCAGAGGAUGGCAGGAUAUGAGACAGCACCGUGUCUCCAUCAGAGACGUGAGUCAUGCAGUCGAGGACAUGUUGGAUAAUGGCUUAUCUCUCUCUCUCUGGAGGUCAUUGUGUAAAGCGAGGCUCUUAAUGAGCUGUAGGUCACAUGACUCCCUCUGCUGGCUCUCACUGAGCAUGCUCAGUUCACUGUGUUGUCAGGCAAAAAUAAGAGAGCACUGGAAGCAGAUCUGCAAUAGAUAAACACACGGCGGAGCAAGAGAUGGAGCAUUAAAAUGGAGGAUUGCUGCUAGUGCACAGUCACAUCAGAUGGUUUGUGCGCGCCGUCCUUAUUUAUUCAUCUGCAUCACGGUGGUGUCGUGUUGGAGGAGAAGGAGCCGUCGGGCUGGUGGCGCUCGCUCCAUCCUCUGAAGAAAGCGAACAGCUCAUCUUUCUGUCUCCCGUCGUCCCAGAGUGCCUGUUGUUUUGCUGAAAUGGAUCAGAAAAGCUUCAUCCUGCCAGAAACACGUCUGUGAACACCGGAGCCAAUGGAUAUUAAAGGCCAGUGCUGGACGGAUGAAGAAUCGGAUGGAGAGAAUGAAUCGGAGCAGUUCCUGUACGGUAUUCAGGGGAGCUGUGCAGCUGACCUGUACCGUCACCCGCAGCUGGACGCGGAUAUUGAGGCUGUAAAAGACAUCUACACGGACAGCGCCGUAUCCGUCAGAGAGUAUGGCACGAUCGAUGAUGUGGACAUCGACCUGCAAAUCAACAUCAGCUUCUUGGAUGAGGAGGUGGCGACCGCGUGGAAGGUGAUCCGAACGGAGCCCAUUGUCUUACGCCUUCGUUUCUCUCUUUCACAGUACCUGGAUGGACCAGAACCAUCGGUGGAGGUGUUUCAGCCAUCUAAUAAAGAGGGAUUCAGUUUGGGACUUCAGCUAAAGAAGAUCCUCAGCACGUUCACGUCCCAGCAGUGGAAGCAUCUCAGUAAUGAGUUCCUCAAAGCCCAGCAGGAGAAACGACACAGCUGGUUCAAAGCUGGAGGAACCAUCAAGAAAUUCCGUGCCGGAUUGAGUAUCUUCUCCCCGAUACCCAAGUCUCCCAGUUUCCCCCUGAUCCAGGACACAGUGUUGAAAGGCAAACUGAGCGUGCCGGAGCUCAGAGUCACCCGGCUCAUGAACCGCUCCAUCUCCUGUACCAUGAAGAACCCCAAGGGCGAGCUGUUCAGCUACCCUCCGAACAGCCAGACUGUGGCUGUCCCGGCGGGCAGGGCCCCUGCGCAGAUUACCACCCGCCAGCUGAUUGAGUUGUUUUUCUCAUCCCAGGCGGGCGGACACUGCAAGAACAUCCCCACGCUGGAGUACGGCUUCCUCGUGCAGAUAAUGAAAUACUCUGAGCAGCGGAUCCCCACUCUGAACGAGUACUGUGUGGUUUGUGACGAGCAGCACGUCUUUCAGAACGGAUCCAUGCUGAAGCCCGCGGUGUGCACAAGAGAGCUGUGCGUGUUUUCCUUCUACACUCUGGGUGUGAUGUCAGGAGCGGCCGAGGAGGUGGCCACAGGCGCUGAGGUGGUGGACCUGCUGGUGGCCAUGUGUCGAGCCGCUCUGGAGUCGCCCCGCAAAAGCAUCAUCUUUGAGCCCUACCCAUCCGUGGUCGACCCCAAUGACCCCAAAACUCUCGCAUUCAACCCGAAGAAGAAGAAUUAUGAGCGUCUGCAGAAAGCUUUAGACAGUGUGAUGUCUAUUCGGGAAAUGACGCAGGGCUCGUAUCUGGAAAUUAAGAAGCAGAUGGAUAAACUGGAUCCUCUGGCUCAUCCGUUACUGCAGUGGAUUAUAUCCAGUAACAGGUCUCAUAUUGUGAAGCUGCCACUCAGUAGGCAGCUGAAGUUCAUGCACACGUCGCAUCAGUUCCUGCUGUUGAGCAGUCCGCCAGCGAAAGAAGCUCGGUUUCGCACCGCUAAGAAACUCUACGGGAGCACCUUCGCCUUCCAUGGUUCCCAUAUUGAGAACUGGCACUCGGUUCUGAGAAAUGGACUGGUCAAUGCCUCUUAUACUAAACUGCAGCUGCAUGGAGCAGCGUAUGGGAAGGGCAUCUAUCUGAGCCCCAUAUCCAGUAUUUCCUUUGGAUACUCAGGAAUGGGGAAGGGACAGCAUCGCAUGCCCACUAAAGAUGAACUCGUCCAGCGUUAUAAUCGAAUGAACACAAUGCCACAGCAGAGUCGGCCGAUACAGUCGCGUUUCCUCCAGAGCAGGAAUUUAAACUGCAUCGCUCUCUGUGAAGUGAUCACAUCAAAAGACCUGCAGAAACAUGGAAACAUCUGGGUGUGUCCGGUGUCUGACCACGUCUGCACACGCUUCUUCUUCGUGUAUGAGGACGGUCAGGUGGGAGAUGCUAAUAUUAACACACAGGAGCCCAAGAUCCAGAAGGAGAUCAUGCGCGUCAUCGGCACCCAGAUCUACUCCAGCUGAACGGAUCGGUUUCCUGCAGAGACGGUCGAGACGGACACAUUUCCGGGCAGAAAAAGAGAAGUGCCCGGCAUCUCUCUCUCCUGCCCGCCGUCGUUCCUCGACUCUAUUCCAUCUAUACUUUCUUUUUAGUAUGGGAUGCGGAUCUCCUCCGGUGUGGAUUUCCCGCGUGGGGCGGAUGUGCGACCCUCCGUUUAGAUGAGAUGAAGGAAAACUCCACACACGCUUUUAUCGAGUGCAAUAAGCCCCGCCCACGACCCUUUCUGACCUCUGAGUCGAGCUGCCGUCAGUCAAAAGCAGACAAGCGCCUGAUUGGAGGAGACGUCGGCCAGUGAAACUCUCUCGCUCGAACUCUUUUUCAUAUCAGUUCCAACCUGUUUGACGGAUCACUAAAUAUCUAUAAACAUGAAAAACAAAAAAAAGUCAUUUAAAAAUGUUUUUCCAUCUCUGGAUAGUAAAUGAUGAAUCUUUGUGCAUUCUUAUUGUGUUUGUAAGACGUUAUCCGCUGCUUUUUCUGACUGAUGACACGUAUUAAUAUCCCAGAUGUAUUUAUCUCUGAGUUUCCUGCUGAAAUCAAUUUCCUGUCUUUUGUUCCUCAGCUCGCUGAGCUCCGCUUACACGCGUACAAGCGCUCGGCGUGAUUUAUCGCGGAACAGAACAUGGAUGAGAGGACAGGGACACGUCGUUACUCAUCUUUAUGCUUUUAUCUUCUGGAUGGCGCCGUCUGCGGCUUCUGAACCGGCGGGAAAGCGCGGGGUUUAGGGCCCUUCAGUGAUGUCAUCUGUCCUGUGACGCGUCAGAGGCUUUUAGUUCUGCUGUCAAUUCUCAGGCAUUCCUGAGAGCUUGUGGGUAAUUUCCACAAAGCUCACCUGCAGUCAAACGUUUGGACAUUCUUCAUUCCGACACUCUUCCAUGUGUUAUAAUAGUAAACUCAUGCAAACUGGGAAUGAUGUAGGGAUCAAAACAUGUGACACAAAUUCAAAUCAGAGUUGGGAUCAUCUCUUUCUCCCUAUUGGGACUUAUAUUCAAGUGUAACGGAUAAAUAAUUUAUAAUAAACACUGCAAAAUUCCAAAAAAAUAAGAAUUGUGGGUAAGGUUCCAUUAACUAACCAUGAGCAGUACAUUUCUUACAGUAUUUAUUCAUCUUUGUUAACGUUAGAUAAUAAAAGUACAUUUGUUGAGUGCUAGCUCAUGUUCUAAAUAAUAAAUAUGUUCUAAAAUAACUAAUAUAGAUAACUAAUGUUGACAAACAAACACAACAAAAUGGGUUGAAAUGGACAAGUCUAGCGAUUGGGUUAUUUUAACCCGGCGAUUGGGUUGAUUUAACCCAGUGGUUGGGUUGUUUUAACCCAGCGAUUGGUUGUUUUAACCCAGUGGUUGGGUUGUUUUAACACAGCAAUUGGUUGUUUUAAC